GGGACAGUUGAUGUGGAUGAGGCCUGCGUAUUGUUGGGCACGGCCAUGGGCGGGCUAAGGGAAAGGGGGUCGGCCUAGCCCGGUGUUCCGUGCUGCUGCCAGGCGAACACGGGUGUGCGUUGUGUCAGUGAAGUAUAGACCGGGUCGGGGUGAGGCACCAUGUUCAGCUGGCUGUCCGGGCCUGAGGCCUGCGGGAAGGACUCCACGGUGUUUAGCACCGUGUCUGAGGGCCUGCGCUCCCUGUACAACAAGAGACUGCUCCCGCUGGAGGAUUAUUACCAGUUCCAUCACUUCCACUCGCCCGCCCUGGAGCAGGCCGACUUCGAGAACAAGCCCAUGGUGCUGCUGAUCGGCCAGUACUCCACCGGCAAGACCACCUUCAUCAGAUAUCUACUGGAACAAGACUUCCCUGGGAUGAGGAUUGGACCUGAACCGACAACUGAUUCCUUCAUUGCUGUGAUGUAUGGGCAAGAGGAGGGGAUCAUUCCUGGCAAUGCGCUUGUGGUUGAUCCCAAAAAGCCCUUUCGGAAGCUAAAUUCCUUUGGGAAUGCUUUUCUAAAUAGAUUCAUGUGUGCUCAGCUCCCAAACCAAGUGCUGGAAAGCAUAACUAUCAUUGACACGCCAGGAAUCCUCUCUGGGGAGAAGCAACGUAUGAGCAGAGGUUAUGACUUUUCAGAAGUUUUGCGAUGGUUUGCUGAGAGGGUUGAUCGUAUCAUCCUGUUGUUUGAUGCUCACAAGUUGGAUAUAUCUGAUGAGUUUUCUGAGGCUAUCAAGGCACUGAAAGGCCAAGAUGAUAAGAUCCGAGUUGUCUUGAACAAGGCAGACCAAGUUGAUACACAGCAACUCAUGAGGGUGUAUGGAGCAUUGAUGUGGUCCCUUGGCAAAGUGAUUGACACCCCAGAGGUUGUACGUGUCUACAUUGGCUCCUUCUGGUCCAAACCUCUGCAGAUUACAGAGAAUCGGAAACUUUUUGAGUUGGAAACGGAAGACCUCUUCAGGGACAUUAAGAGUUUACCUCGCAAUGCUGCCCUACGCAAGCUCAAUGACCUCAUCAAACGAGCCAGGCUUGCAAAGGUUCAUGCCUAUAUCAUCAGUUAUUUGAAGAAGGAGAUGCCAGCUGUUUUUGGGAAAGAACUCAAGAAAAAGGAGAUGAUAAGUAGACUUCAAGAGAUAUAUUUCACACUCCAGCAGGAGCAUAAUAUCUCUGCUGGUGAUUUUCCCAACGUAAAAAAGAUGCAGGAAAUGCUGCUGUCCUGUGACUUCAGCAAGUUUCAUACCCUGAAACCCAAGAUGCUAGAGUCCGUGGAUGAAAUGUUGGCCAACCACAUCGCUGAGCUGAUGAACCUGAUCCGACAAGAAGAAGCAAGCAAGCCGGCACAGGCUGUGACCGGUGGCGCAUUUGAUGGCAACCUAAACGGGCCCUUUAACGAAGGGUAUGGUGAAGGCGCUGGAGCAGGCAUAGAUGACAGUGAGUGGAUUGUAGCAAGGGAGAAGUCAAAGUAUGAUGAAAUUUUCUACAUGCUCUCUCCAAUUAAUGGCAAAAUCAGUGGCAACAAUGCAAAGAAAGAAAUGGUGAAGUCUAAAUUGCCAAACACUGUGUUGGGGAAGAUCUGGAAACUGGCUGACUACGAUCGUGAUGGAAUGCUGGACGAUGAGGAAUUCGCUCUGGCCUGUCACCUGAUUAAGAUAAAGCUGGAAGGAUAUGAUUUGCCUGGGGAAUUGCCAGGGCACCUCAUUCCUCCAUCCCAGCGAAAGAACUGAAUCGAUUUAGCAUUUUGAAUUAGAGACAAAUUGAAUGGAUGGCAGAAGAGACCAUUCAUUAAUUCUGGGGAAGGAUGGUAAAGCCUGUAGAUUUGGGUAUACAAGAUCUAUUUUCUAUACAAUAUAAACCACUUAACCGUAUUUGCUAAAUCACGUGCUGGUGCGUAAUAACUGAAAGGUAUAAAAUAUUAAUGAGUUUCCCUACAGUUUGAUACUUUAGACUUCUAAAAUCUCCCCAGAGCGUGACACAGUGCUGUUGCAGCAAACGUCUGACUAAUAUGUCUGAGUAACUCUACAUAAACUCCUCGUUUCUGCACUGUCCUGACUGGAUAGGAAUUGCAGAGACCUUCCCACUCCUAUUCCUCAUGUCUGCCCCUGUAGUCCACCAUCAGCCUGUUUUCUGGGUACCUGAGCAGUCUGGCACGUGAGAGCUUUCCGCUUCUAAAGCAGGCUGUGAAUGCUCUGAUGGUAACUGUAUGCUACCCUGUCAAUUCAUUGUUUGUCAAAGCCUUCACUCCUUGUGUAAAGCAUGUCUUGAGCUGGCUGAUGACUACAGAUAGGGAAAAUUCAUUCAGUGGAAACCGGCAUGUGUCGUUUCACUGCUUCAAGCCAGUCCCUUAGGCUUGAACUUUUAUAGGUAUGUGAUCACUGCAGUUAUGGGUGAGACCAUUAGCAAGUGCUAAACUUGUAGGGCUGUGAAGAGAUGAAGAUGGCACCAGCACAAUGAGCAGAAGGAUUUAUUUAUUAAUUUAUCAUUUAAAAUUUUCUAUUUUAAAAAAAGUUCUGGUGACCAACUUUUUUUUUUAAUCUCCUGACCUCCAAUAUUUUGCUUGACAGAGACACGUUUAAAAAUUAGGGACAGGAAAGCUUCACAUGUAGUUGGUCAUUGAGGCAUUGCCUCAAUUAGCCAGUAGCAGAAGUACAAAGAGAGGGAGGGUAAGCCUCGAAUCCUGGGGUAUGCGCUGCAGUGUGACAUUGUGAACUGUGGAAUGGAAAGUUAACUCCACGGGACUGAAUUCUCGUGAACUGAAUCGGAAAUAAACGUUCCGUUAAAAUGCCCCCAGAUCAUGGUGGGUUCAUUUCAGAGUCUUGAGCACAACAAAAUGGGCAGACUAUACGUCGUCUUGCAUUGUCAUAAGUCACAAAAGUAGAUGCGCUGCUUGCACAUUUAAAGCCUUCUCUUGCUUCCCCCUUGGCAGUGCAUUGUGAUGACCUGCUUUGGUGAUUAAUCUUGUUUUGUAAAUGAUGCCCUGCAGCACAAGCUCCUCGUAGCAGCAAUGUAGUUAUUCAUCACCCUAAACAACAGCCACAACCUACAUUUAUCAUGUGAUUUCAAAGUGGAAAUCCUUCCAGACUUCACAGAAGAGGUGUAGGCACAAUAUCUCGCUCUAUGGUGAAGUUGCCAGUGGAGUUAUGGAAGGAUAUGUCUGCUUCUCAACUGCGUCCCUGCACUUUUAAAACCGAGGUGAUGUUAUCAGGGCAAGAAGAGAGGCUGAUAAUUGUGCAGUAGUAUCUGUUGCUGUGGGUUUACUGAAAAUUUGUUUGAUCUGAGAGGUUACCCAUGCACUCAUUCUUCUCUCAGUUAUGUGGCUACUGUCCACGAGCAGUGGGAGGAACUUUGAAUAGGAAUACAGUCAGGUUAAAUCAUUAUUAGAGUUGUUCAUUGGAAUGAAGGGAAAGAGCCCUUUGGGAGACGUUAGGCAUUUGUGAAACUGCACUGUUUGAAACAUCAAGAGACACAAUCAGGCCUCAAUUGGCAUUGAAAAAAACUUAGUCCAAACAAUGAAAAGUUACACUGAAGUGUUGGCAUAGUUGACAUUUUCUAAAAGUUAAGGUCAGAAAAAUUACCCUGUGUGCAGAAUGUGUGCAUGCCUGUCCUUUUAGCAUUCUUCCUGACUCUGCAUCAUUUUGCACAUAUAAAUAACAUGCACAAUUGAAGAAGUGUAACUUUCUUGAUCUUCUGUAAUUUCUUAACAGGGUGAAGUUCUGAAAAUCGUAAUCUGAGAGCUGAUGAGAUGAUAUUGGUUAAUACUGCAAAUCACUUUACAGCCGGACCUUUUAGGAAAGGUUCCAUUUUUAAACUCGGCCACUUCAGUGCAGUAGAGGGACAAACCUGAUUUUAGGUCAGUUUCAUUCAGUGCUGAUGCCUCAAGUAUAGACUUUUGCAGAUAAGCCUUGUUUUAUCUUGCCCUGUUUAUGAAGUGCUGAUAAUGAAGCAUAUGUCUAUUUACUCAGCCCGUUGAGGUAGUUUCAGGGAAAUACUGAAUGUGACAGCUGAAUUUGGGGCUGUCUUGAAAGCUUCAGUAUGAGAAAUGAUGGAAGGUGCCAAUUCAAACUUUUCUGGCACCAUUGCUGCGAAGUAUUGCAAUGAGCCUUUAUUGAGGAGUGACAAUAUCAUAACAGAAGAGAUCCCAGGUGCUUAAUGAUAGUGACUGGUCCUGGAUAAGUUGCAGACAGUAGCUUCAGCCAUUUGUAAUUGACCUCACACAACAGUGGUGAACAAUACACUGUCCAUUUACCCAGUAAUAGUUGUAACUCCCAAAUUCGUUGUUAGUGCGGAGAGCCAUACAGCAUGGAAACAGACCCCUUGGUCCAAGCUGACCAUGUUCCCAAACUAAACCAGUCCCAACCGUCUGCGUUUAGCCCAUAUCCUUCCAACCUUUCCUACUCAUGAACUUAUCCAAAUGUUGUAACUGUACUUGCAUCCACCAAUUCCUCUGGAAAUUCAUUCCACACACAAACCACUAUCUGUGUAAAAAAAAAAAAAAAAAAGUUGCCGCUCUUGAUUUUUUAAAAUCUUUCUCCUUAAGAAUAUGCCCCCUAGUUUUGAACACCGCUUCCCUAGGGAAAAGACCCUUGCCAUUCACCUUGAUAUGUACCUCACAUGAUUUUAUAAACCUCAAUAAGGUCACCCCUCAUUCUCCUACGCUCCAGUGGAAAAAGUCCCAGUCUUUCCAAUGUAUUUUUAUAUCUAUAACCUUCCAUUCCCGGCAACAUCCUAGUAAAUCUUUUCUGAACCCUCUGCAGUUAAAUAAAAACCUUCCUAUAACAGGUGACCAGAACUGCACACAGUACUUCAGUAGAGGCCUCACCAACGUCUUGUACAACCUCAGUAAGACAUCCCAGCUCCUUUGCUCGAAGGUCUGAGCAAUGAAGACAAGCGUGCUAAACAGCUUCUUAACCACCUUGUCGACCUAUGAUGCAAAUUUCAAAGAAUUAUGCACCUGAGCCCCUAGGUGUCUCUGUUCUAUAACAUUACUCAGGGCCCUACCAUUAAUUGUAUAAGCCCUGUCCUAGCUUGUUUUACCAAAAUGCAGCAAUUCACAUUUAUCCAAAUUAGACUCCACCUGCCACCCUUCAGCCCAUUGACCCUUGCAUCUCAAGCUUUAUUGACAGGUAUUUUUGGUAAUUCCUAUCUGAUAAAUCUGAAGAUUUUAAACUUAUGUAUGUUUGCUCAAUAAUGACAAUUUUUGGUUUUGAAGUGAGUUUGUGAAUUUUUAAGUCUGAUCCACUGCAUACACUCUUGACAUUAGCCCACUGUGUUACAGCAGCGUGUUGCACUCCUUUCGGGUGGCUUGGAACAAACCCCACUGCUUCUCGUAAAUCUCAAAAAAAAAAGUAACAUCCCGUCUGUUUUUGCUGUCCUGUGUAAUUCUGAAUGUGACACUGGAUUUCAAGUACGUAUAGUUGUGUUAUGCAGUUUGCCUAUCAUUCUAGGCUGUUUUCAAAAGGCAGGGUCUGACAGCUCAGAGCUCAAAGCUAAACAGUUUCUUAAACUUGGAACACCCAUAGAACUUGCUUCUGAAGAACUGAAUGAAGCAAGUGUCCCUGCCAUCUAGAGGCUAUAUAACCAUAGUAAUGUUGUCUCCAGUUACUGACAGCCCUCAGUUAAGUGGAAAUGUCUUUAAUCUGCUCGCUGGCAGAUUUGUCCUGGGAACAAGUAGUCUUUCAAAUCACUGUGUACUUGUAUAUCAAUGCAGAUCCUCGGAUGGUUGCCACUGAAGCUGCUUGAUUAAUUUUUGUUAGUAGGAAUAGACGUCAUGAAUGCAAACCUUUUCAUAUAAAAUAGAUGCCGAAAUUAAUUGCGAGGGAUAACUGGAGACUGCAAUGAAUUUACAGUUUAGCUCUCCCUUUUGACUGGAAGAAAAAUCUUAACUGUAAUGUAGUAAACGAUGAAUCCUGCCUGAGAAUCCAGAGUGCUGGCACUUUAAUAAUUCCUGAUGUUUCACUUGCCUGUGAAACGAGCAAUAAGCCAGAUGUUGACACUGCUCAAAUCAUUUUCGUUCCUGGCUGCAAGAUGAGAGAUUGUCCAAAUUUAAGGGCAGAAGUGAACAAUGUUACUUUGUUAAAAAUGGGGCUUGCUAUUUAUGAAAAUUUCUUAUAAAAGUUAAAUGCCUGAAAUGCAAAUAAAGGAGAAAAAUUGACAAUGCUUGGCAGGUCUGGCAGCAUAUGUAGAGAGAGAAGAAUGGGGUUAACAUUUCAGGUCGAUGACCUUUCAUCAGAACUGGGAAAAGCUAGAAAUGUAAUAGAUUUUCAACAAGGGGUGGCAUGGGAGGAAAAACGAACUAAGGAACUUCAGACUUGACUAUUGCUCAUACGAAUGAAAGGCACAAUUUUGAGAUUGUCCCAAUGAGUGCAAAAUGUAGAGCUUUGACAAAAAUAAGACUCUUUUUUUGUUUCAGCUGUACACGAGUUCUGUAUGACCAAACAACUAUUUGAACAUCAGGCUCUUGUUCCUCACAAUUAAAGGUUUGGAUCUGCAACCUUUCACCAAAACUGGACCAAAAGGUCACAGACCUGAAACACUGACUCUGUGUCCUGCUCCACAGAUGCUGGCCACUUUGUUUUUUUUUUUUUGUUUUACAUGUUGAUCUGGAAAUUAUUCCCCCAGUGAAUGGAAUGUCUCCAUUCUACAAAGAAGCUGGCAUCUUGGCACUGCAGCUCUCUUUUAAACCCACAUUGCUCAGAUGUUUGUAAUAUUCCAUACAAAGCAAUGAACCAGAACCUGUUAUAGUGUGCAAGUUAGAGAGGUUGGUGGUGUGGGGGCUGUAUGAAUGCUAGUUGUGAGUUUUGAAGUGAAGAAUGAGCCUGCUGGUGGGUGGCUCAUUGAAUUUUUCACUGUUACUGUCCUUGGACAGCAACCAAAUCUGCCAUUUAACUGAAAAUUGAACAAAGCCCUUUUUAACUGUCUGCUGGUCUCAACUGAAAAGUAGACUACCAAAAAUCAAAAAUAACUUUAUGGCAGUUGUGGUUGACAUGAGGCUGGACCUCAUUGACUCUGGCAUUGAUUUAAUAUUUAUCAACAGUCUAUUGUCAAAAUGUCAGUCACAAAAUGAAAGAGGGAUAAGCUGUUGAAGAUAAUGGGAACAAUAAACAAAACAUAUACAUAUUUGUAAAACAAAAAUAUUGAGAUCCUAUGAAGAGCAAAAGUAAACAGUUUACAGCCAUCUUGGCAAUCUUAUCUCAAGCAUGCGUGCAGUGUCCUAUGUGGAAAGUUUUCCCUUAGGAGGUACUUUUUUUUCACUACUAUAACUUGCAUUGCCAAAUUAUCCCUUUUCUUGCAUAGAGAAAAUAAUGUUUUAAUAUUAGCAUGUAAUUUGGGAAAUCCUAUAACUAGGGGCAGAGUUUCAGGACAAGGACUUCUCCAUUUUAGAAUAGAGAUGAGGAGGGAUUUAUUCAGAUGGUUGUUAGUUUUUGGAAAUCUGUACUGUAGAGAGCAGUGGAAACUGGGUCAUUGAAAACAAUGAAAGUCUCUCAAAAUGCAGAUGUUGGAGGUCCAAGAAACGAAACCACAGUACAGCUAAAUCUCUUGGACAACGAAAUAAUAUUUAUAUCAGCCUUUCCUCCUGUUAGGUGGAUUCAUGAUCCUCCUACAGAAUCCAUCUGACUUGUAUGUCACCUGAAUUCAGUUAUUUAAACUUUUACUAUUGCUAAUGGAGAUGUCAGUUAUUUCAUCCAUUGGCACAUCUCUAAAUUUCCCCUCUUGGUUGAUUAUGAGGGAAAAGAAUUGUACUUUUUGUAGGAUGAAAAUUAAAGGAUUGGGUUAGUAACAGUUAUAAUGUUAUUUUCAUAGUGCAACGAGCAUUGAAGCUAAACCCUCCAGUUCGAAAUUUGAUAAGAACAUUGUUAUUGUGACAGUUACAUUGAACACGGCUAAUGAUAAAACUCCUUUGUACCCAAGUUAAGAUCUGUUAGAACUCGUCUUGCUGUUGUAUUUGAAAUUUAAUUGUACCUGCCUACAGGGUUUUCAGUAACGCAGCAUGACAUCCUCCUGAAUCAUCAUCUAGUCUGUGUUGCCCUCUUUGUUUUGUCAAGUUAGCUGUGCUACUCUGCUUGCUGCUCAGCUAUAUGUCUCUGCUUUAUUGGGACGGUUGUUUGCCAGGCUUCCAGUUUGAGGUGUUGGUGAACUAACCUUUGGAUGCUGUUAAUUCGAGUAAGUUUCCCUACUCAAAGGAGCUUGAAGGCUUCAAAAUAUUGAACUAUUUUAUCACUGAUCCUUGGCACUGUGAUCCAGUUCUUGAUGUGGGGACAGUGUACUUUCAUUCAAUGGCACUCCAACGUCUGAGGGACACAGCAUUGGUUAAGGAGGUUGAAUUUCACUCACCUUGCCCUGGCCACUGACACCAUCCCCACCAUCACAUGCCAGGGGUCCCUCUUCAAUCUGAGACCUUGGAUGGAUGGCAUACCCACAGCAGCCACUAGCAUUCCAGUUAGUGUUGAAGAGCUUUUGCUGGGUGGGACAUGCAAGCGCAGGGCCCUUGAUCCAAAGGUGGAGACUGGUAAAGUAGCUGAGUGACUCGGUACAGGACUGCUGUUUCCGAAAAGAGCUGAUGUGGGGUUUAAGACCCUGCAGCCAACAGCUGAGACUCUGCCAUCUCCACAAGUUUCCACUCAGUCCUGUCACAAGGAUCUGUCACUAUCAGCUUUAAAACUACAUUUUUCUGUUUGUUUUCCAUUUAUGUUUUUUUUAAUAUAGAUGGCAGUGUGUGAAAAAGUCGUGGUUGUGUUGAGACUAAUUGUCCACAUGUCAAACUAUAGCCUUACAUAUUGUACCUAUAUCUCACUUAAUGUUAAUACCUUAAAGAAAUUGACUCAUUUCAUUUUCCUCCCAUCUAUUUUAAUUGCACUUUUGAAACCUUAUCAAAAAUGCAAUGAGCAGAAACUUGGUGGAUUGCAGAGCUGCCAAAUUUUACUUCCCACUGCUUGGGCUCUGUGCCACUCUCACAGCUACACAUGAUCCUUCAGGAGAACUUUCAGCAAAACUUGAAUGAUGAGGCCAUAUUGAUGAGCACUGCAUUGCUCUGCUCACAACAGGCAGACUCUACCCGAGUAUGAUACACCAGAUAUCUCCACCUUGCUCAGCAGUAUGGGUGAAAUGCUGUAGGUUAAUGUGCAUCUUGCUUUUGGGGAAUUACAGUGAAUUGAAACCAUUCCAGGUGUAUUGUACAGGGUUAUGUUGUGUAUGUGCAACACAGAUGGGUUGAUCUUGCCCCUCUUACCUAAGACACUUCCUUGCAGCUUCUUACAGAACAGCAUCGGGAGAAGAUGCAGCCAAAAGAGAGAGAUUAAUCACAUCUCAUUAGCCUAUGGUGGAAAGCUGAACAGAUUCAUUACAUAGGGGACGGGGAUGACAGUGAUAAAUACACUAAUGUUGAAUUAUUAGUACGUAAACUUACAAAAUGAAGUACUGCUAAAGAAGUUUUUUCCAAGAAGUUUUUCCAAAGUGCCUUACUCAGAAUGUAAGAGACAUGCCAAUAUAUUUUUUGUUUGUGACAGACCAGUGGAUUUUAUUGCAAAUGAGUAAUUUUCAUCCACUGCCGAUCCUGCUUUGCCCCUGUGGCUUUCUUUCUGGGGCUGUUAACUUGUCAAUAUGUUUUGUAUUGUAUUGUACAUUUUUGGACAAAACUGCAGCUUGGCACAUUGAGGUGAGAAUAUACUGUUCAAAAGUAUUCCUUAGGAUUGUUUCUGAUGGAAGAAUCAUAAACUUAACUGGAUUAUCUGAGAUGUGCCCAAGUAUUAGGCUGCCCUGGAUAGCUUAUGAAUGUAACUUCAAAGUGAUACUGGAAAUAUAUUUAAAAACCUGCUUCUGCUUUAUAUACAGCUCUUCAUAAACUGUAAACCUGGACUGAGACUUUAAACAUGGCUUAUCUAUUUUUUAUCUUUCAAUUAUUCCUAUAUUUGAGAAGACAGAAUGACUUCAUAGUUUUAAAAUUGUUAGAUUUGCAACUUCAAUGUAAAAUUACAUUAGAAAAUUCUCUAUGAAUAAAAUAAAAUUUUAAUUUCUAACUUAA